AUGGCUUUGAAGUAUGAGUUAGAACAGUGGGGUGCCGCUGUUCAAGCUUAUGAUUCUCAAGAUUUUGAUAAAGCUUUGGACACAUUCGAGACUAUUGCAGAAUCUGCAAAAUUCCAUUUUAAUAUGGGUUUAAUAUAUGCCACCCUCGGUGAACACGAAGAAGCAUGCCGGUCAUAUAAAAAAGCUGUAAAAUUAGAUCAAUUUUUUGCUGUAGCUUAUUUUCAAAAGGGCGUUUCCCAUUUCCUAUUAGGUGAAUUUGAAAAGGCAUUAGCAAAUUUCAAUGAUUCUUUAUUGUAUCUUCGUAAAAAUGUUCUUAUAGAUUAUGAACAAUUGGGAUUAAAGUUUCGACUUUAUUCAUGUGAAAUUUUAUUUAAUCGUGGCCUGUGUUACUUAUAUCUUGGUCAAACGGAUCAAGGUAUGGGUGAUUUUACAUCGGCCGCAAAAGAAAAACAAACGGAGGAACAUGAAGUCAUUGAUGAAGCUAUCACAGUUCAGGGUCAAGGUUUCACUGUAUUUUCAAUCCCAGUUGGUGUAAUUUAUAGACCACCUGAAGGAAAACUUAAAAAUGUAAAAACAAAAGACUAUUUAGGUAAAGCAAAACUAGUAGCAGCUGUAGAUCCAGAAGACGCAUUCACCGGUUUUACAGGUGCUCAACAACAAAAGAAACAAGGACUUAAUACGACAACACCAAUUACAAAAGCAAACACCGAAGGCGCUGUUAUACAAAUUAAUAAUGGAACAAAUUCGCGACCAACUUCUCCAACUGAAAAACCUCAGAGACCUAAAUCAUUGUCAUCCAGUCCAAGAAAUCCACCUUUUCCUAUGCGAGCGAGCAGAAAUCCAAGUAUAGCAAGACGACGUCCUCCUCAGAAUGAAGGAACACCUAUUUAUGUUGAUGACGAUAAGACUUCUAAUGGUGGAGGGCAAUUUCCUGAUAGACGCUUACCCGCUUCUGAAGUUUUACACAAAUGUCUCCUCAAAAUGGGAUCACUACAACAAAGUCGUUCUAAUACUCUAGAUAGCAGUCGCGGUUCACCUAAAUUACCAUCUAACGGUCCAUCUAGGAUGUCUUCCGUAAGAGACUCUAAUCGUGGACCACUCAGGGAUGGACCUAUGCGAUCUAAUUCUUUGAGAGAAUCUAGCCGUUCAAAUUCAAUUAGAAAUGGUCCACCCAGGAUGAAUUCUAUAAGAGGUGGUAGAUCGACAGCAAGGGCAAUGCCUCAAAGGUCGAAUACACAGGGUCGUACGCAAUUUUUACAACAACAAAUGUCAAAGAUGUCAGUCUCGGAUGAUGAUCAAGGUUAUAACGAUUACUACCAGGAUGUAGAUCAAUACGCUAAUAACAAUAUUACUAGUCCACCACCGAGUAAUGAAGAUUAUCAAGUUAAUAGGCCGACAUCUCGAUCUCCAAGUUUACGUGGUCGCGGUGGAAGAGGUUCUUUCAAACCAUCUCCUUUAUCUAUGCAAGGCGGUCUAUUGGCUUCUCCAACAGCGGAUAAGGAAACACAAUUCGAAAUGCUUCCUCCACCACAAAAAAAUAGUCUGCCGCAAUCUCCGUAUCCUAGUUCACCUGUUAAUGAAAUACUUAAAGAACCUACUAAGAUUAAAAUUAAAUGCUAUCAUAAAGACACUCGUGUAGUUUUGGUCUCAGCAAGUAUAAUUUAUUCAGAACUUAUUAAAAGGAUACAGGAAAAAUUUACCAUAGAAGCAUCCUUGCAAUUAAAAUAUAAGGAUGAAGACGGUUCGAUGGUCACGAUGAUAGAUCAAGAAGAUUUCGAAAUGGCUAUAUCAAUGAUUCCAAGAACAUCAAGUGAUAUCGGUAGAAUGGAGAUAUGGAUAGAAACUGAAUAA